AUGACCACAACAUUACUGACAUUACCCUACGACAUCAUUGCAAACAUCAGCCAGCAUUUAGAUUUAUGCUCAAACACAAGUUUGAUGGAUACAUGUAGACACAUGCGCUACAUGUUUUUGUCCUCGAAAUAUCUUUGGAGAAGGAUUACUUUUGAUUUGAAUCAUACAACUGAUUUACAUCGCAUUUAUUCAUCGCUGCGAAAACUAGAUGACUCGAAUGGACUAAGGCAGCAUGUCGUGGAGGCAAUCAUGGAUGACAGCGAUGAUGCUGAUCUGUCUCCCAUCAUUAUGCUGAUCAAAUUCCCUCACUUGCGCAAACUCAGUGCUAGAAACCGCAAAGAAAAUACCAACCUGGAAGUGGAUAUCAAGCUAUUACAAGAAAUGCUUAAAUUCGGAUCUGUCAAGCCGAAUUCUUUACCUAUCGAGAAGAUCAAUAUUUACCACUAUUAUAUGGAUUUCGAACCUCAUCUGUUGGCAUAUCAAAAGACAUGGAACAAGCUAUCGAUACAUCCUCAUGUAGAGCUGGAUAUUCGACAUUGUGGCUUUUUACCCGAGGAUCAAAAGGAAACAGAGCUUGAACAAGAAUUAAGUUUACUGGAACAGCGUAUACAAAGAUUGCAAAUGCAACAGCAAAGCCGAUUGACGCCAGAGCAGCGACAACAACACCCAGAUGACCCUACAUUGCAGAGACGAGUGGACCGUUGUCAAAGAAUCUUGUGUGUUGAUGCUCAGUGCUGGUCCUGCGCUCAUCAUUUUGAACAUUGUUGGAAGUGUGUACCUGUAUGUCCAGGCUGUAAAAUCAAGCGAAUUCCUCCCAUGGCAAACGAUAAUCAAAUCAGACUCAAGCACCGUCGUCGUCAAUUUCAGCCUAAACACCAAGACAUGGCUGAUGAAGAUGAAUUUAGCGUUUUUGGUUAA